CCCAGAGCCUUCUAAUGUUACCUAUAGGAGGAGCUUUGAGUGUCUUUACCAAUCUCGCUGGGACUUUAAAAAAGACCACAGUUCUCACCCUCACAGGAGCACUCUGUGGUUCCCACUUUAAGUAUGAGGAACUGUGGGGUUUCUGUGUCACAACGCCCUGCCCGAGGCCACUCCUCAGUGAACUUGGAGUCCCUCCUGGGCAGUCACCAUCUGUUCUGUCCUGCAGAUUUACUCAGAGCUCUCUGCCCAAGGGAGGAAGAGAGCCCCUGAAGGCUCUGUGCCCCCAGGGAGAGAGAGAGAAAAUAGAGGAGAUGCCACAUUUUCGGGCUUAAGGAGGCUGUUGAGGGGGGAAGCAUUUGGAUCCUUGUCACCACGUUCAGGCCCUGUCUGCCCAGGGCUCUCAGCUACAGGCCAUGGCCCCUCGGCCCACCUGCCUCCUGGCCCUCGUGCUCUGCCUGGUCCACGGGAUCCUCACCCGGCAAGGGUCCCUGUCCCAACCCUCCAUCUCUGCUGAGCCAGGCUCUGUGAUAUCCCGGGGCAGGAAUGUGACCAUCCUGUGCCAGGCCAAUGGGGGCUUUGAGCUGUUUCGCCUGGAGAAGUGUUCCCCUGGGAAUGGUCCCACAUUUAAGGAUGAGAAGAACACUUCAUCUUUCCAGAAGGAGGCCAGAUUUGCCUUCACCUUGAUGAAUCCUGGGUGUUAUGUCUGCAUCUAUCAGAAAUCGUCCACCUGGUCUCCACGCAGUGAGAAACUGAACCUGACAGUGGCUGAUGCAGAUGUCACCCAGGCCUCCAUCCCCACAGCCUCAGCUGUGGCCUCAGACUCCACCUCCCCAGGAGCCACAGAGGUGCUGGUGGACAGAGGUCCCUUCGCCUCCCCAGGGCACCUCUAUGUUCUUGUUGGGGUCUGCAUGGGCUUCCUGGCCCUGCUGCUUCUGCUCCUCCUUUGCUGCCUCCAUCACCAGCAUCAGAAUAAAUACAGGCCGCCCAGCUGCAAGGACCAGGAACAGAGGCCUCAGGAGAGGGCCAGCCUGGCUGGGGACAUCCCAGGGAGGACAGCAGGCCACAGCUGACCGACCUCCUCAGCAGGGCGCCUCCACCCUGCUGCAGGGCCCACAGGAGGUGACCUAUGCUCAGCUAGACCACCGAACCCUCACACAGAGGGGGAACAGAGAAGUGUCUCCACAGGCCAUGGCAGAGCCCUGCAUGUAUGCCGUCAUCACCAGAUAGGGACUCAGCCCACCUGGGUCCUGCACCUAAGGCCUUUCAAAGUCACCCCAGGAAGCCUGCAGCACCAUGGACAGCUUCUCUCAGGAGCACUCUAGUCUGCAAAGCCAGGUGGUCAGCUCUCCUGGAGCAGGAGCUAGAGUCUGGAGGGAUCUGCCUGCAGCAAGGAGAUGGACAUCUGGGAUCCCUGUUACAGUGACCAGUCCUGGGACAGAGAGUGCUGCAGCUGCUUCCAGGGAUGCCUGGCUGUUCUCAAAGACUCAGCUAAGAUGUUUGACUAUCUCCAGGGACUGAGCUACGGACCCUGGCUGUCUCCUGGGAACUACUCUCCCCCAAAAUAUCCCUCUGAAGAUCUGUGAGAGGACCCCAAAGGUCCCCAGCCCCCUGCUGACCCAGCCCACUGCUCACACAGCUGAGAGCUCAGCCCUUCUCUAGCUCAGGCUGGGUUCAGGGGUCAUCAUGAGGACUCGAUGCACGCGCAGUGAGGUGAUUGUACAAUCAGACCCUGGCAUCUGCACCGCUGCUCUUUGCAGCCCUGAACUCCUCUGUGAUGCUGGGAUUGGUGUGGCUGUGGCUGUGGGUUUGGUGAAGGAGGUGGCGUGUGAGGAACAGGGACUGGGUGCAGAGCUGCCCCUGCACACACCUGCGUACACCUGUUCACGCACAAAGGGGCACAGGUGCUAUUUCCACACAGAGAUGUCGCACCCCCUCGCUCAGGUAAUUAUCCCGAUGACAGGGAGGGGGUGAGCGUGUGCCGUCUUCACUGUGUGCCCCACUUCAUAACAGAAAACAAACUGAGAAGAAAGGCUUGUGUGUAUGUAGUCUCUUUUAAAAAAAUAGGAAGCCUUUCCUGGAAAAUCAGAUUUCUGUGGCUUCUCCGGUGUCGGGGUGGGUCAGAGACAUGGACACACGGCAAAACAUCAGAUUCUCCCCACAAAGAUUGUGCACACAUGUACAAAUACACAGGGGUGUGUGUGUGUUUAUA